AUGUCACGCUACUCUCUGGCCGCACCUGCUCUGAGGAGUUUGCUGAAGAUCGCUGACGGCCACCUACACACAACAGUUAGAACCAUUGGAGCGACAACUAAUAAUAAUCUACCAAACAAUCCAUGCUAUGGUUCUCUGGACAGAAAAUUACUAAACAGUAAUAUUGGCGCGCAGCGAUGGGCAUCAUCUGGUUCCACUGAUCUAAGCAAACUUAUUUCCAAAGAGAUUCUUCCUCGAACAGACAAUUGGGAAGGAUCUGAGAAAUUUCUUAAGGCUGUUGUAAACGUCCUGCUGAAAUAUAUCCGUGAACAGAAUGAUCGCUCCAAAAAAGUGCUCGAUUUCCAUCAUCCAGCCGAGAUGCUCAAGCUAAUCGACAUGAGCAUUCCAGAGAAACCACAAAAUUUGGAACACCUUGUGAAGGAAUGCGAAAAAGUUCUAAAAUAUGGAGUGAAAUCAGGGCAUCCCAGAUUCUUCAAUCAGAUAUCAUGUGGCCUAGACUUGGUGGGAAUGGCCGGAGAGUGGCUGACUGCAACAGCUAAUACAAACAUGUUUACUUACGAAAUUUGUCCUGUGUACAUACUCAUGGAAAAUGCAGUGUUGCGGCAAAUGUACAAGUGUGUUGGAUGGAAUCCAGAUACAAGUGAUGGCAUAUUUGCCCCAGGUGGAACGAUAUCAAAUCUCUAUGGUCUACUCGUUGCAAGAUAUGCGUUUGACCCUCGUGGCAAACAGCUGGGUCUCAAAGAACUGCCGAAGUUGUGCUGUUUCACUAGCGCAAGUAGCCACUUUUCGAUCAAAAGUGCAGCUGCAGUUUGUGGCAUCGGUACGGACAACUGCUUUUACAUUCCAACCGACGAGCGUGGCAAAAUGAUACCGGAGCUGCUGGAAAAGAAAAUUAUAGAGUGCAAAAACAAUGGGCUCCAUCCAUUCUUUGUUUGCGCCACUUGUGGAACGACGGUAUACGGGGCGAUGGAUCCAUUCGAAGAAGUAGCCAACAUCUGUAAGAAACAUAAGAUUUGGUACCACGUUGAUGCUGCUUGGGGCGGCGGAUUAUUCCUAUCGCCGGAGCACCACGAUAAACUCAAAGGCAUUUCGCGUGCGGAUAGCAUCACUUGGAACCCACACAAGUUGAUGGGCGCAAUGCUGCAGUGUUCCGCUUGCCUUUUCCAGAAGAAGGGCUUGCUUAUGGACUGUAACAAAAUGAAGGCAGAUUACCUCUUCAUGCAAGACAAAUUCUAUGACGUUAGCUAUGAUACAGGAGAUAAGUCAAUACAGUGCGGAAGACAUAAUGAUGUAUUCAAGCUAUGGUUGAUGUGGAAAAGUAAAGGCAUGGAAGGCUACAGAGAACAAGUCAACAUGCUCAUGGAUCAUUCCGCCUAUUUUGCUAAGAAAGUGAAGGAAACUGAAGGCUUUGAGUUGAUAAUGGAGCCGGAGUUCCUGAACGUGUGCUUCUACUAUGUUCCAAAGAAACUGCGAAAUCUUAGUAAAGAGGAGAAGUAUAAAGCAUUGGAUAAGAUUGCUCCUGCAAUCAAAGGGGAAAUGAUGAAGCGUGGUUGGACAAUGGUGGCUUAUCAACCAGAAAAAGAUCGUGCAAAGUUCUUUCGCCUGAUUAUAUCAAACCAAGCUAUCAGACGCGAGGACCUUGACUUCUUAAUGAAAGAAAUUGCUUUAAUUGGAGAAUCCCUCUAAAAGUACUAGUGCCAAAAUUCAUGCAAAUUUGAUUCCCUCUUAAAAAAUACUUGUGACCAAUCGUCUAAUCUUGCCUACUCGUAGUAACCCGUACUUGUACUCACUACUUACCUACUCACGCCUGUAACAC